AUGGAAUUUGCUAUAUUGUUUGGAUUUGUUAAUACCUUUUUCAUCUUUCAAGAUAUUGGCCUUUUGGGGCUUCCUGUUGCCAAUCUACAUCGCCUCGUUCAUCUUAGCGAACUUCAUCUAUGCAAUAAUCGCCUUCGCUAUCUGCCCUAUACCAUGAUAAAGCACUCCCACUUGCGCCUUCUUGAACUUUCCAACAACCCCUUUCUUAAACUUGAUGCAUUUCAUUCUUCAUCUGAAACAUCUGAG